AUGGAGCUUCACAUGGUUCACACGAGUGCUGGAGGCAAAACCGCAGUGAUUGGAGUUCUUUAUAAAUUAGGCAAACCUAAUGAAUUCCUCACAAGGCUACUAGAUGGAAUAAAAACAGUGGGAAAAGAAGAGAGGGAUCUAGGGAUCGUGGAUCCAAGAACUAUUAGAUUUCAAACCAAAAAAUUCUAUAGAUACAUUGGCUCUCUUACUGUUCCUCCAUGCACUGAAGGUGUUAUUUGGACCGUUGUCAAAAGGGUGAACACGAUAUCAAUGGAACAAAUUGCAGCUCUGAGGAGUGCCGUUGACGAUGGUUAUGAGACGAAUUCAAGACCGGUUCAAGAAAGAAAUGGAAGAUCGGUCUGGUUCUACGAUCCAAAUGUUUGA